AUAACCGUACUCCGGAGCCCGUGUAUUUCAGGUUUUCAAAUAAUUGUUUGAUUUUUCUCUCAAUUUUAUAAAUAUGGUUUUAGUUCUCAAUAUUGGGGUAAAAUUUUUUAUUAAAUAUUAAUUUUUAAUUUUUUUCUUAAUGUCGUCCGCAGCUGUUGUCCGCACUGUACUUGUGACAUCAUAGGCGUACCACUAAUACACCGCGGUCCGCGGUUGUUCGGCUGUUUGAUUCUCACGUUUAAAUACGAUUAUAUGAAAACUGCUCGUGAUCUGUGGUCAUUAGUCACUGCCGCCGACUAUAUGAAGAAAAAUAGACGGCCAUUUCACGGUGUUUAGAACAUGUAGCUGUUACAUUUCCAACAUUUGACACUACCAGUCGUCGUUGUUUGUACAAGCACUCGAAAGUCGCAAUGACGGCCAGCACGGACACAGCUUCGGCUUUACCCACCACAAAGGUGAUACAGGUAACGAACAUUGCACCACAAGCCACCAAAGAUCAAAUGCAAACAUUGUUCGGCUGCAUUGGCAAAAUCGAGGAUAUACGAUUGUAUCCGCAGAUACGUGACGUAUCUGUACCCGUCCAGUCUCGUAUAUGUUACGUCAAGUAUUUCGACUCGCUUUGCGUAGCCGUCGCUCAACAUCUCACUAACACUGUGUUCAUUGACCGAGCACUCAUCGUCACACCCUAUCAAUCUUCAGUUGGUGACAUACCAGAUGAAUACAGGGCGCUGGACAUUGCCAACCAAGCGAACAUUGUUCCAGGAUUGUAUCCUUCUGACCCUAAACUACCUGCACACGUCGUCAAUCAAAUCGAAGGGAUCCCUCCAAAUCAGGUAAUUGUCACAAACGAUCCGGUAUUGGCGUCCAAUGGCUUACCACCAUACCCACAAUUGCCAAUCACUUAUGAUUCUAGACGAAUUGAAGAAAUUAGACGUACCUUAGUUGCUAUUAGUGUGGAUGAGAAUGUGACUGAUGAUGAGCUUAUAGGUUUUUUCCAAAAAGCUGGCGAUGUCAAGUAUGUUAGAUGGUGUAGUAGAGAAAACGAUAUCACUCGUUAUGCUCUUGUUGAGUACUCUGAACAAGCUAGUGUUAUAGCUGGAUUGAAACUAAAUGGAGUUCAACUUGGUUCCCGCCCAGUUCAAGUAACACAUGCCACUCAGGCAAUUGCUAAACCAAUGGCCAAAAGUAAUGAAGCAGCUCAAAGAGAAAUUGAAGAAGCCAUGACUCGAGUUAAAGAAGCUCAAAGUUUGAUUUCCGCAGCUAUUGAUCCUGUCAUUGGGAUCUUAUCUAAAGACAAAAAACAUGGUCAUUCCCAUCGUAGAUCACGGUCUAGAUCACAUGGUAGGAGUCGUCGUAGAUCAUCAUCUAGAUCACGUAGAGGACAUUCACGUUCUCGUAGAAGACGAUCAAGAUCACGUUCCAAAAGACGCUCUAGAUCAAGGAAAAGAUAUAGAAGUAGAGAUCGACGUUCAAGAGAUAGAAAAAGAUCACGGUCCAGGAAAAAGUCAAGGUCUAGAGAUAGAAAACGCAAAUCAUCAAGAGAUAGACGAAGAUCAAGAUCUAAAUCUAAGUCUAGACGUCGCUCAAGAUCUAGAAGUCAUAAAAAAGAUAAGAAAUAUUCUUCUAAACGAAAAGAAGAUAAAUCAGAAAAACGAAAAGAAAAAGAAAAAAAGAAAGAGAAUACCCCACCUAUUGUACCAGAAGUUGAGAAAAAAAAUAAAUCUGCUACGCCUGAUAAAGAGAAAUCUAGGUCAGCAACACCACCCAGAAGUAAUUCUAGAAGCCCAAGAUCAUCAAGUAAAUCACCAAGGAGAAGUAGUUCGUCUGGUAGAGGAAAGGCAUCUGAACCAGUCAAAAGCCGUUCGUCUAGUCAUAUUAGACGUACAUUGUCUCCAAAAAGAUCUAGGACAAGAACUCCUCUUCGUAAACGAGUUAGCAGAUCUCCUCGUAGAAGUCGGACACCUAAAAAACGUACUAGGAAAUCAAAUUCAUCUCAAAGACGUACUCGAAAACGUAGUGCAAGUCGUCAUAAGUCACGUUCACCUAUUGAAAAAAGACAUAGAUGUACCCGUUCUUCUAUACGUAGAUCUCCAUCUCCCAGAUCACCUCCUCCUAGAAGAGUUACUAGAACUCCAUCUAAAAGUCCUCAGUCCCCUGCUAGAUCUGUAUCCAGGUCACCACCAGUUAGGAGUAAGAGAAGUGCAUCUGACAACAGAAAAAGAAGUGAAUCAGCAAGUCGAAAAAGAAGCUUGUCAGUAGAUAGAAGCCGAAGGAGUAUGUCAAUUGAUCAUAAAUCCCGGUCAGAAAGUAAAAGUAGAAGCCAUACUCCUGGUUCAGCGAGGAGUAGGUCACCUGGAUGGAGAAAAAGCGAAUCAACAUCGCCACCACCAAAUAGACGAAGUACUUCAUUACUCUACCACACUAUGAAUGUUGAUAAGUGUAAAAAUGAUUAUUUAACUUCUCACAAGUCCAGAUCUGAAAAUGCAGACAUUCAAAGUAAACUUAACUCAUGGUUUGAAGAAAAAGGAAUCAUUAACAAGCUACGAGCGCAAAUAAGAGAACAAAUGAUCUUUGCACUAGAAGAUAGUACAAUGUGGAACACUAACAAAAGAAAUGUUAACUCCCCAAAGAUUCAGGCAAUCAACCUCUUAGUUGCCGAUUUUCUGAUUAACCAAGAAAAUUUGUUCACAUUAUCAGUAUUCACUUCAGAAGUACCGUUAUUGGGAAAUUUACAUGAAUUCUCUUCUUAUGUAAAUCGUUUAGGCGAUAGCACUCAAAAAAUUCCUGUCACCAAGCCUAGUUUUCAAUUAAAUGAUGUUCAGGAUAUUCUAGAAGCAUUAGGCAUACAACCGAAUACAGAUAUCACUGAAUUAACAUGCCAAUACUAUUUUAAUGAAAAACAAGUUCAUUCAUUAUUGGCUUGCUUAUUCAAAUCUAUAACUACCAUUAGAAAUAAUCUUAGUAAAUAUAACACAGUUCAAAUCAAUCAAAAUUGUAAAGAAAUAAACAAAUCUAAUAACAUAGAGAAUAAUACUUAUGAACAUAGAUUAAAUAAUUGGCUUGUAAGUAUUGAGGACAUUCUAUGCUCAUUCAAUUUAAAUGAAGAACAGAAAAACACUUUGAAAAUUUUAUUAAAAAAGUACCAUCAAAAUAAUAAUGUUCAAGAAACUGCUGUGUACAAAGAACACUUAAAAAAACUAGAAAGACAAAACAAGGAAAUGGUCGAGAAAGUUGCUGAUGUAGAAAAAAUACUUGCUGUACAUUUUCAUUCUCGCGAUAGUAAACUUAUAUUUCAAAAAGAAGAAAUAGAACAUGCCACACAACAACUCCGUUUAGAACAACAGCAGCUUUAUCAAUUAAUUAAUGUAUUUGAAGAGAAAGAAAAGUCUAUUCAAGAAAAAUUAAAUAAAUCAGAAGAAGAAUAUAAUAAAAAUUUACAAUAUAUUGAAAAUCAAAAAUAUGAAUUAAGAUUAAAAGAAAUGGACAUCUUGAAGCAUGAAAAAAUGUUAAAAAGAGAAUCACUGAAUUAUAUAAAUGAAACCAAAAUUAGUGAAUGUAAUCAAGUUAAACAGCUGCACGAACAAAACAUUGAUUUGGGAAAACAAUUAGUGGAAAUAAAAUCUAAGCUAAACAAGCUUGAAGGAUAUAAAAAAGAUGAGCAGUCAUGUUCAAAAAAAAUUGAUUUUUUGUCGUUACAGGAUCAAGAAAUGAUGAAAAAAUUAAAAAAAGAUAAUGAUGAGUUGCGUGAUUUUAUAAAAGUUCAGCAACAAAGGAUUGAAGAAUUAUCUUACAAAGCAUCAAAUUUAGCAAAACAAAUUGAAAAAACCCAUCAAGUACCAUUAACUAAAACAGAUUAUGAAAAUAGAAAUGUAAGAAAAAAACUAUGCUUUGUAGACAAAUCUAAUAAAAAAAAUCAUUAUAUUUCCCAAAACAUCUCUUCAACAACUACAGAUUAUUCAACAACUAUGUUAGAGUCAGAUAAUCUAACAGAAGAUGAUAUAAUACAAGAAGCUGAAUCCAGACUGAAGACUUUAGAAAUUAAUACUGCAAAAGUAGAACAGAACUUAAAAAAUUUCCAAAUAAAUCAUUCACGUCACAACUUACAAUUUAAUGUAAUUAGAGACACUAAAAAGUCAUAUACUGAAAUUCGUUCAAACUUAUCAGAUGAUUCAGAUUUAGACGUAUUGAAACCUUGCAGUAAUAAAAUUAAUUUAAAAGAGCUUGCCAACAAGAUUGGGUAUCAUCGAUCAAUCAGGCGAUCCUUGAUCCAUUCACAAUCUGAUAACGAUACAAGCUCUGAAACCUUACGAAAUGCUAAAUAUCAGGAUUAUAAGAAUUUUACAAAUAUUUCGCCAACUAAAAUAUUGUCAUCCAGUAUUAAAAAAAAUGUAUGCAAAGAAUCAUCUGUAAAUAAACAAAGUUCAAGCAUUGAGUCUCCAAUCAACAAAUCUAAUUACAAUACUCAAGGUUCUCUAAAUAUAUCUCAUAUAUCUACUCAAUCACCAAAAGAAAAUAAAUUGCAAAUUGAAUCAGAUGUAAAAAACACGCUUCUUCCUGACACUAAUAACGAUGUUCAGAAUAAUGAAAAUUUUGAUUUACAAUUGUUUAAACAUACUAAAAUAAUUAAUUCACCACAUAAACAAACAUCUAUUCAGCAAGAUAGCUCAAAUGGAGUGGAUAAUUUAUCAAACAGUAAAAAAUUACAAGAAAGUGAUCACACAAUUUCAUUUGGUAGUAGUAAUAAAACUGAUAAGUCUUCAGAUUUUUGGGCAUCGUAGAAUUAUUUUUUAUUUAUUAUUUAUUUACAAGCAUGUUAACAUAUGAUACAGAUAUCAAGUCCUUUUCUUCAACUCCCAUAUGAGACAUCAGGUCUUUUGCAAUUGAUUGUCCAUCCUCAACUGUUUGGCUAUCAUUCAAAACUACCUAAAUGAAUAUUAUUAAUCAAAAGAUUUAUUUCUUAGUAGCAUAUAUGAAAACUUACUUCUAAUUCUACAAAAUCCCCGAGACCAUCAACACUAUCAAAAUGUACUCUUGUUUGGCCGACCAUUAUCAAUUUUCUUUCUUUUUUCACGACUCCCCAUGUACCUAAGGCAUUUUUAAGUACUUUUUCUACAUCUUCGUUUACUUCACAUUUAUUAUAAGAACUUAACUUUGGUCCAGAGCUUUCCUCUCGGUCAUAAUAAAUUAACUCUUGAAGUCGACCCUGUGAAUGUGACAAAUACACUAAGUUAUGUAAUAUUUUAAAUAAAUAAAAUAAUUAUCUUUAUACAAUUAA